AUGGCAAGUUGGGAUGAGAAUCUUCUUACAGCUGCAGAGAAUGGGAAUAUAAAAGAGGUAGAAUUAUGUGUAAAGAACGGAGCUAACUUGGAAUGUAGAGAUCGUAGAUAUGAAAGGACACCAUUAAUCUGGGCGGCUUGGGAAGGACACCUGGAGGUGGUGACUUACCUGGUCACUCACGGCAGGAGGAAGGACACAAUUAAUGUGGGCGGCUGUGAGAGGACACCUGGAGGUGGUGACUUACCUGGUCACUCACGGCAGUCAGUUAGACGCUACAAACCUGGGAGGAAGGACACCAUUAAUGUGGGCGGCUGUGAGAGGACACCUGGAGGUGGUGACCUACCUGGUCACUCACGGCAGUCAAGUGGACGAACAGCUUUACAUUAUGCUGCUGAGAAUGGACAGAUUGAUGUAACAAAAUGUUUAAUAGAUCAAGGAUGCAGUCCUUGGGUGAAAACAUUGGAGGGUAAGACUCCUUAUGAUCUGGUGAAAACAUCAUUUUUUUAUUCUGAAGAGAAGAAGAAAGAAGUGAUGGAAUUCCUUAAGGUUGCUGGUCUAGAUGUGAAACUUGUUGUCGGUCCAGAAAUUGUUGGUCUAGAGGUGGAAUUUGUUGUCCGCCCUGAGGUUGUUCGUCUAGAGGUGGAAUUUGUUGUCGGCCCUGAGGUUGUUGGUCCAGAGGUGAAAUUGGUUGGUCCUGGGGAUACGGUAGUUGGUCCCAGUAUUGAUGAUUGUGGUGUAGUUGGAGGCAUUGCCCUUGACAAACUUUGGCAAACUGUCAUGUCAAAGACAUCCCCAGAAGUAACUCCUGACACCCAUUUACAGGAACCGGCAGCACCAGUAGUUGAAGAUUCCAUCGGAAAAGGGCAAAAGUCUGCCAUGUUAAAUCGUUUAUUAGGGAAGGGCAGCUAUGAAUCAUUUGAUAUGAGAUGCAUGGUAACCGGUCAAUUUUCUGUUGGGAAAACGACUCUUGUGAAGCUGUUAGCUGGGGAUGUCCUACCAGAAGGGCGACAUCCAACUGAUGGGAUUUCUCUGGUAGAAGGUCGCUGUGGCCUCGACAUUCAGUCAAAAGAGUGGAUUCUUGUUGAUCCAGACUCUUACAAUGCCCUGGAUGUUGUGUACCAUAAGGUUUUAAUGACCUCUCUGGAAGAAGAGGAGGAGAGUGAACUUACCAACAAAGCUUCAGAUACAAGCCCAACUGGUUAUGCCAAAGCUACACUUUCCUCUUUGCCCUCAGAACAGUCUGCAGCAGCACAAUAUCUACCAUCUACCAAAUCCUCCAAUGUGCCUCACAUGGUAAAACAGAUGGAAAAGAAAAUGAGAACAAGAAUGACUAAAGAAGAAAUAAGAAAGAAAAUGGAAAAGGUCCUCAAAAGUGGGAAGUAUAAGAUGAAAGUUGGACGUCUUAUCUUCUGGGAUUUUGGUGGACAAUAUGUUUAUCUAACAACACAUCAGACCUUCAUGACGUUCCGGGCAUUGUUUCUUGUAGUAUUUGAUGGGAGCAAAGAUUUGCACGAACAGGUCCCUGAUGUGAUGUGUUUUCCAGGGCAGCACAUGACGCCAACUCCAGCAGUAUUCUUGCAAUAUUGGGUCAAUUCCAUCUUGACCUAUUGUAAGGUUGUAUAUGCAGGCAUUCCAAAGAUCUUGUUUGUUGCCACUCACAAGGACAAAGUACUAACGGAGAAUAUUGAGAUCACACGUGAAGAGCUUAACAGAGGAAUUGAGGAGUUGUUUAAAGACCACGAGGGAAAACAUCAUCUGGUCCUACGACCUCUAAUAUUUGUCAAUGCCAAAGAUCAAGCCGACCCAGAAAUAGAAGUUCUAAAGAAAACAAUAACAGAACUUACAUUCGACCACCCAUGCUGGGGUGAAAGAAUGCCCAAUGCUUGUGUUCCACUAGAGCUAGAGAUCGCUGAACUAGUGGCAGAAGGAAAACAAAUAAUGUCAUUGGCUGAAGUUAAAGAAUUAAAUGCUAUCAGCGAGGUGUCUGUCCUGUCUCCUGAGCAGUUGACUGAUUUUCUACAUAUUCAUCAUUCUCUGGGGAAGAUUGUUUAUUUUGAUACCCCCCAGCUGAGAGAUAAUGUCAUGAUCAACCCCCUUCUUAUGGUGGAAGUUAUGAGAUCUUUUAUCACAGCCUACUGA